UAUCCGCGAUACAAUAAAUAAAAAAAAGGGUUGAAGCGGUGUACCAUAUAAAAUAAUGGAAAAAACAGUCUUAUUUGUACAAUAAGUGAGAGGCGAAUAAGGAGGUGUUUGUAAUAUAUUUCUUAUAGCAAUAAUGACUUCUGCAGCAGAAGAAAAUUGUUUCGUUUGCUCAAAAACCGGCGGCAACUUGAACAUCUUCACCACUUAUAACAUCUGCAAUGACAAAGAGGAACUAUACGUUGAAGUCAUUAAAAACUGUUUCAGCGUUGAGAUCGGGCAGGACUCAGGUCUCAAUUCGAUGUGCACUGAUUGCAGCAUAAAAUUGAGAAGGGCAUACACAUUCAAAAAUGAUAUAAUACAAGCAGUGAACAAAUUGGUUGUUUUACAAAAUGCUGUUGCAGAAGAAACGGAAUAUUCCAAGGUUGAAUAUUUAGAACACACAUUUGAAAAUGACUACGACAUCAAGUCUGUUCUCAACCCCGAAACCGGCCAGAUAUCUUACACUUUAGACAAAAUCAACGAAAACAAAGAAACAAACGUGCCCGACACUUAUAUGAUUGAUUUAGAGAAUGACGUCAUAAUCACUAAGAAGGAAGCGGAGAAGAAGGUGAAGAAAAGUAAACGGAAAAACGAAGUCGUUAAAGAGAACUUACCUAAUAAUAUUGAAAGUAAAAAGGCAAAAUCUAGUAAGGCUAAGAAAAAGAAGGAAAUUGAAGCUGAGAAACCUAACUUAGAUAAUAUUGUCGAAAAUGAUCCUGAGAAACCUAAUAACUUAGAAAAUAUUGUCAAAGAAGAUGUGGAGAAGGCUUGUAAGAAAAUAAUAACCAUAGAGGGGAAUGUGGUGGAAGCACCGGGUACUGAUCAAGAGGAGAAAAAUAAAAAGCCAAAGAAAGUGAAAAAUGCCAAAAACCCCAAAUUCACCCUCGAGCCGGGCCAAACAAAGUGCUCCCUCUGCAGCGCCCAGUUCGAAACCAACAAGGCCCUACGGGUCCACAUGAACGCGCACUACCCGGACCACGAGUGUGGGGACUGCGGGAUGGCCUUCGCCAGUCAGCAGCGGCUGCGGUCCCAUGUGUACCAGACUCAUAACCAAGAGGAGUCGCCCACUUGCAAGUAUUGUGAUAAGACUUUCACCAACGUAAACACGCGCAACGCGCACAUGUGGCGGGUCCAUACCAAAGUCGACCCGUACAAGUGCGCGCAGUGUGGCGAGCGCUUCAAAACGUACCUCAAACGGCUGCGGCACAUGCAAGCCUCACAUGGGGACUCCGUAACAGAGUACCCGUGCCAGUAUUGUGACAAGAAGUUCGCUUAUGCCGCCUACAGAACGAAGCACAUCCGCACGAUCCACCUCCAGUCCCGCCCGCACAAGUGUCAAGACUGCCCGUACAGCUUCGCGCGACGCCGCGACCUCGACGCACACCGUGCUAGCAAGCACGGGGUCGGCGAGAUGAAGUACCAGUGCACCGUGUGCAAUAAGAAGUUCUUCUUCAAUACCGCGCUGAAGUUCCAUCUCAAUGUACAUAACAGACACACAUGCACCCAAUGCGACGCCAAGUUCGCCAACGAGGCGAACCUGGAUGCCCACCUGAAGACCCACGAGCCCCUAGACCAGUCUCUGGACGCCCUGCCUAUCCUGGACACCUUAGAAUUUAACGACUUUGCCGACUAUGCGCUGGACUCGGCCUUCUGGGUCCUGGGGAACGAGUUAUAGAUGGGUGUUACAUUCGUUGCCAUGGUUACGUCCUUAGGUCGGGUCGACAGAGCCACGAGGCUCAUCUGAAGACCCACGAGCCAUUAGACCAGUCUCUGGACGCCCUGCCUAUCCUGGACACGUUAGAAUUUAACGACUUUGCCGACUAUGCGCUGGACUCGGCCUUCUGGGUCCUGGGGAACGAGUUAUAGAUGGGUGUUACAUUCGUUGCCAUGGUUACGUCCUUAGGUCGGGUCGACAGAGCCACGAGGCUCAUCUGAAGACCCACGAGCCAUUAGACCAGUCUCUGGACGCCCUGCCUAUCCUGGACACGUUAGAAUUUAACGACUUCGCCGACUAUGCGCUGGACUCGGCCUUCUGGGUCCUGGGGAACGAGUUAUAGAUGGGUGUAACAUUCGUUGCCAUGGUUAGGUUCUUAGGUCGGGUCGACAGAGCCACGAGGCUCAUCUGAAGACCAACGAGCCAUUACACCAGUCUCUAGACGCCCUGCCUAUCCUGGACACGUUAGAAUUUAACGACUGCAGACUAUGCGCUGGACUCGGCCUUCUGGGUUCUGGGGAACGAGUUUUGCUAAUUAUACUUUUAAGUACAUAAGUAUGCAUAUAUUCGAAUAAGAAUGAUUUAUUGCAGUAUGGCUGUCAUUUUCUGUACAAAACAGUCUGCCGGUUUUGCGGAGGAGGGGACGUAUUGCUGUUUCUACAUGAUUAGUACGUAACGUACAAAUAGCAAUUUUGCACAAUUGUGCAAGGUUUUCGGCAGAGGGUAAGCU